AUGAGAAAAUCGGGUGGGAAGCAGGUGGAGGAGGAUCUGCACCAGGGAGCAGGUCUGUAUCCAGGGCCGUACUUCGACAAUUCGCUCACCAAGAUUGUGAGGGCCAGGAAGGGGAGCCAUGCUUAUCUCUCUUGUCGGGUCCACCAGCUGGACAACAAAUCGGUGUCGUGGGUGAGGCGAAAGGAUGCGCACAUCAUCUCCGUCGGGGAAUCGAGCUUCAUCCAAGAUCCCCGGUUCCGAGUGUACCACUUUCCCAGGGACCACAUGUGGACCCUGCAGAUCCAGGAUGUUCGCCCUGAGGACUCCGGGGAAUAUGAAUGCCAGAUCUCCACCGAGCCCAAGCGGUCCUUCCUUGUCCUGCUCAAAGUCCUCCCUCAGCUGUUUCAUAUCUAA